GGGGACGACGUGGGGACUGGGUGGCUGGGUCAGUUGGACAACCAGCGCAGUGUCAGUAGUGAGACCGCCGCGCGCGGGAGCUGAACAAAACGAUGGUCGAACUGACAUCAUGGAUAUCGGUGGCGGUCGCGGUGAUAGCGGUCCUCGUGGCCUACGUCAAGUGGAAGCAGUCCUACUGGUGGAGGCGCGGCGUGGUACAGACUCAGCCGCGGCUGCUCCUCGGAGACCUGUGGGACCCUCUGAUGCGGAGGCGUACGGCAGGAGAUGUCAUCCACUCGAUCUGCAGGAAACACCCCAAAGAACCAUUUAUCGGGAUUUAUAAGCUCAUUACGCCCACUCUCGUCGUGAAAGACCCAGAGCUCAUCAGCGAAGUAUUAACGAAAAAUUUUAGCAGUUUCGCAAACAAUGAAACUUUAUGGCCGGAGGGUGCGGAUAAAGUUCUCAGCGAUAACCCGUUCGGCGCAACUUUCGACAGGUGGAAGGAGCUGCGCCUCCGGCUGUCGCAGGCUUUCAGCCCGUCCCGCGUGAAGAUCGCCUUCGGCGACCUCGCGACAAGCGCCGACUGCCUGGCCGACUUCAUAGCGGCCAGCAAGCCGGGCGUCACCCACGACGGCGAGCUGCUGUGCAAGCGGUUCACCGCGCACGCCUCCGCACGCGUCCUGUUCGGCAUCGAGUCGCGCAGCCUUGAGGUUGGGGCCGAGCCAGGCGUGUUUUACGAGAUGGGCCACUCGAUAUUCAACGGCACCUUUAUUGAGAACCUACGAUUUAUCUCGAUCCUUUUCUUUCCCGCUCUGCUCAAAGUAAUCGGUUACAACAUCGUCAGCGACUCCACUUUCGAUUUUUUCCGUAAAUUGAUUCGUGAUUCCGUCGACUACCGACACAAGGAAGGAGUGACACGUGACGACUUUGUACAACACGCCGCCAAGACAAUUAUGGUGGACGGAAAGAUCGCGGAGGAUAAGCUGACCAAGAGUACUGGCCAGGCCAUCAACUCAUAUGUCGAAACGUUCGAGACGAGCGGCCUCACCCUGGGGUCCGUGCUCCUGCAGCUGGCCACCAACCCGAGAGAGCAGGACAGGCUGCGCACCGAGCUCAGGGAGAAGCUCAAGCGCGGCCAGCCCCUGGACCACGACACCGUGAUGACGCUGCCCUUCCUCGAUCAGGUCCUUACAGAGACCAUGCGCCUGUUCCCGGUGGCCGACACUAUACGCAGGGUGUGCACCAAGCCUACGACCCUCCGGUCCGCGGAUGGCCCGAGCGUGGACCUCGAUGUAGGCACGCCCGUAUACAUCCCAGUCGAGGCGGUGCAAAAGGACCCGGCCUACUUCUCGCACCCCGACGAGUUCUGGCCGGACCAUUUCGGCCCCGAGGAGGUUGAGUCCCGACCCAAAAACGCGUACCUUGGGUUCGGCGACGGACCUCGGCAGUGCCCGGGCAUGAAGUACGGCUCCCUUCAGGUCAAGGUGGCCCUGGUGACACUGAUCCAGCGCUUCGAGGUGUCACCGGGGGACAAGCAAGUCCUGCCGCUUCAGCGCGACCCCACGGCCCCCUUCCUUAACUACAAGGGCGGAAUGUGGCUCAAGUUCCGUCCCCUUCCGUAAGGUUGACUGGAAAUGAGACAAACCCUGAUGUUGUGUUUUGGGUCCUCCUUAACUCUUAAGUGCCCCUGAACGUUAUUUAAACUGUACUGGAAAAAAUCGUCUGAUAAUACGGGACUGGCAACGGACAUUCCGUUAUAGCAUACUUCAGAAAAGAGGUACGGAAGAACCCCUUGAGUUAGACUAUGUAACUAAAUUUAGAGUAUGGACGCGUCCGAAAAAACAUUUUUGGUAAAUGUGUGAUGCGGUUCCUCCGCACCCCAGAAAUAAGGUACGGAACAACCCGGAACAACCGUUUUGCUUCGACCGUAAAACGAAAUUCAGGGUACAGACACGUUCGGAAAGUAAUUGCCGCAGUUGUCCGUCGAUUUUCCGUUGAUUUUCUCACAGUGUGUUCAGGUCAUAGUUUAUACUGUUUAACCGACCCCUGAAAUAAAAAGUUACUGAUUUGAUUGCGUGAAGGGACGAAAGGAGUAGAAAUCGACUAAUCGAUGGUGCAGGCGCAUUUCAAAAUAGAACGAGUUGAUUUUAAUAUAUGUCUGAAAAAACUUUGGAUAUUCUGUAACAACCUCCAACUUUGGCACGAUCUUUUGAAGGUAUUUCUUUACGUUACGUUAAGUUACGGAUCCCUGGUUUUGCGGCGAAUUUAUGCCGUGUUUUCCAGAUAGUGGACUUGAUUUUUACCCUUAUUUACCUGAUUAUGUUAAUUAAAAAAAAUUCCCACAAA